AUGGCUGAUACUGAGGCUACGCUUCCAGAACGGAAACAUCGAAAGUCAGUUGCCUUCAGCGAGGGCGCAACUGUCAUGGACGCAAACGGCACCAUUUCCGAGGCCAACCAUGCCGAGGACAAAACUACUGCUGAAAAGCACACUGCUGUGUCCCCAGACCAGGAAGUCAACGAGAUGACUGAUAUGUUUAAGGGCUUAACCAAAAAAAAAAAAUCAAAGAAAUCAAAGGACACGGAGGCUGCAGCAGAGGGCGAAGACGGCGCAGCAGAUGCUGAAUUCGACCCUUCUACCAUAAAAAAGAAGAAAAAGAAGUCGUCGAAGAAAACCACAGAGGGUGACUUCGAGGCCAAACUCGCGCAGGCUGGCCUCGCAGAGGAAGCUGCACCAGAAGAGACACAGUCCCCAGAACAGAUCAUCGAGGCACUUGAGAGCGGAACUGGAAUUUGGGCACACGAUGCUACCCAGCCCAUCAAUUAUUCCCUACUAGUGACUCGUUUCUUCAAUCUUAUCCAUAGCCACCACCCCGACCUCCUCGCUAGCGGCUCGAAAUCGUACAAAAUCCCACCACCACAAUGUCUACGUGAAGGAAACCGAAGAACCAUUUUUGCCAACAUUCCGGAUAUUUGCAAAAGGAUGAAACGAUCCGACGACCAUGUCAUGCAGUUUUUGUUCGCAGAGUUGGGAACAAGCGGUAGUGUUGAUGGUAGCAGACGCUUGGUGAUCAAAGGUCGAUUUCAACAAAAACAAAUUGAAAACGUUUUGAGAAGAUAUAUUGUUGAAUAUGUCACUUGCAAGACAUGUAGGAGCCCAGACACGGAACUGAGCAAGGGAGAGAACCGCCUUUACUUCGUUACCUGCAAUUCCUGUGGAAGUCGGCGGAGUGUUACAGCUAUCAAGACCGGUUUCCGUGGACAAGUCGGAAAACGCAAGAAGCAAUAG